AUGAGCAACGAAACCGACACACCCGGGGUCACUGAUAUUAAUAGCAGAUCUGCGAAUGUCAUGACAACACGUAAAGAUACCGGUGGUGCUCCUCCGGUCGCAACCUUGAACGGUACUCUGCAACGAAUGGCCGAAGAAAGAGCCGCCAAGGAAGCAGCUCGAGCCACCGUGGACCGUAGUAAUGUUAUAACUGGCAGUGGCAUAAAUAUUCCAGGAGCUGUCUUGGAGAGGAGUCAAAAAAAGAGACAGAAGGAAACCAGCAUGCAUACUAAUACUAGUGAGGAGAUCGUCAAGCCUGCUCCUACAGCAACUACCGGUACUGGUACAGCAACUAGUACCGCUAUAGCAACAAAAACCCGUGGUCUCAAGAGAUCUGCGGAAGAAAAGGCAGCUAAGGAUGCGGCUCGACUUGGCACUUUGAAUAGUGCAGCUGCCACCGUGGGCGCCUCUGCUGUUCUGCCCAGUCCGCCCGCUACGACGGCGCAUCAGCGGGGACUGAAGCAACGAUCGGAGAAAGAAAACGAUGCCAAACAAGCUGCCAUAGGAACUGCCAUUUCAGCUACUAGCCCUGCCAUUGCCAUGGUCAACCCUUCCAAGGGGACAAAAGGCAACAUGGAUGUUGCCAGUUUGCAGCCUGGAGCACAGUUUGUAACGGUAACACCCGCAAGUGACUCUAUUCGCAGCACUGCAGCGGAACGUUUGUCUACGACGACCAUGCGCGGCCUUGCCAAGAACAGGAAAUCAAACGUCUCGUCGGUGCAAACAGCAGCCAUGGUGGCCGCAGAAAAUAAUACCCCUGGAAGCUUCAAGACAGAAACGGUGGCUUCGGUGGGUCUUGAUGGGGAGGGAGUUGGAACCACCAUUAUCUCAUCCGAAGAUUCUACCACCAAGGCUCCUCCUACCGGUAGCGGUACAGCUGCCAAAAUCGUCACGAAUCAAACAGGGCGGCCACAAGUCGACACAGAUGCUGAUUUAGAAAAUCAAAACCAGAGGAUGAAAGAAUCACUACAAGAUAUUACCAACGUUGGACUCGUGGAAGCCAGGGCCGUGGCAGAGGCAUCUGCCUCGCAAUAUUUCCAGGAAGCUCAACAAGUGGAUGAUGCAGAACUGGAACAGCAAGCUGAUAAAGCCGAAAGGGAGAGACAGAAGAAAGAAAAGGAGAGGCAGUGUCGGAGAAUUGGAUAUGCUGUCAUGCUGGUUUCCCUUGCCAUUAUCGCCAUCAGCUUGGGCGUUGGGCUGAGGCCCCAAAAGCCAGGAAACACGCAAACAAUGGGACCACAGGAAAAGGCUCGAGAAUGGCUACAGAAUCAUCCAAACUAUGACCAGCUAUCAGAUUGGAAGAAGAACCAGCUCUUGGCCUUGGCUACAUUCUUUUAUGCAAUGCAGGGUGAGCAUUGGCCAGACACCAUUGAAUCUGAUUUCGGUAUUGUGCGCCGUGACCGUUGGUUGGACUACACCAAAGAUGAGUGUUUGUGGUAUUCCAGACAGUCUGGUCCUCCAGUCCUCGCCAAAGAGGAUCACGAUUCUACCCUUAAUAGUGGCCUGACGGAUCUCCCCUCCCCAUGCAACGAGCUUGAAUUGACUUGGGUGACAACAGCAUCCAAGUUCCAUUGGCCAAGUUGA